GCCGCCGCCAUCUUGGAUUUUACUCUCCAUUUUUUCUCUGGAAUUAUUUUUUGGUGAUUAAUUUUCUUUGGGGGCGGAAAGGGCCGCGGGCAGCGCGUGCCCCGCUCGGAGCCGCGGGGCAGCCGGGCCUCCGACCCCGGCCCCGUCCUCCUCCCGAGGGGGAGCGGGCGGCGCUCGGGCGGAGAGAAAAUUGACAUUAUUCUCUAAGCUAUUUGAAGAGAGAGACUAAAUGCCACUGGGUCGGGCUGUCUGUGGGUAUGAAGUGGUUGGGAGACUCCAAGAACAUGGUGGUGAAUGGCAGGAGACAUGGAGGCAAGUUGUCUAAUGAACACCAGCACGCGGGAAAGGACGCCCUGAAGGCUGGCAGAAAUGCAGUUGAGAGGAGGUCAAGCAGAUGUAGCGGUGCUUCAGGGUUUGAGGGACAGAGUCGCUAUGUCCCUUCUUCUGGGAUGUCUGCCAAGGAACUGUGUGAAAACGACGACCUAGCCACCAGUCUGGUGCUUGACCCCUACCUAGGCUUUCAGACCCACAAAAUGAACACUAGCGCCUUUCCUUGGAGGAGUUCCAGGCAUUUUUCCAAAUCUGACAGUUGCCCUCACACACACCCAGUGAGGUUUCGUCCCAUUAAAGGAAGGCAGGAAGAGCUGAAGGAGGUGAUCGAGCGCUUUAAGAAAGACGAGCACUUGGAGAAGGCCUUCAAAUGCCUGACCUCUGGCGAAUGGGCGCGACACUAUUUCCUGAACAAGAAUAAGGCACAGGAGCGAUUGUUCAAAGAACACGUAUUUAUUUAUUUGCGAAUGUUUGCAACUGACAGUGGAUUUGAAAUCCUGCCUUGCAAUCGCUAUUCAUCAGAACAGAAUGGAGCCAAAAUCGUUGCAACAAAAGAGUGGAAACGGAAUGACAAAAUAGAAUUGCUGGUGGGUUGUAUUGCUGAACUCUCAGAAAUAGAGGAGAACAUGCUACUCAGACAUGGAGAAAAUGAUUUCAGCGUCAUGUAUUCCACCAGGAAAAACUGUGCUCAGCUCUGGCUUGGCCCCGCUGCCUUUAUAAACCAUGAUUGCAGACCUAACUGUAAGUUUGUUUCAACGGGUCGGGACACAGCAUGUGUGAAAGCUCUGAGAGAUAUUGAACCCGGAGAAGAAAUCUCUUGUUAUUAUGGAGAUGGGUUUUUUGGAGAAAAUAAUGAGUAUUGCGAGUGUUACACUUGUGAAAGACGGGGAACUGGUGCUUUUAAAUCGAGAGUGGGACUGCCCACGCCUGCUCCCGUCAUCAAUAGUAAAUAUGGGCUGAGAGAGACUGAUAAGCGCUUAAACAGGCUGAAGAAACUGGGCGACAGCAGCAAGAAUUCAGACAGCCAGUCUGUCAGCUCCAACACGGAUGCAGACACCACUCAGGAAAAAACUGAUGCAACUGCUAACAGGAAAUCAUCUGUUGGUGUAAAGAAGAGCAGCAAGAGCCGGUCGCUACCACGACCAUCGUCAUCUUCGGUGUCGCGGAUCCCAGCGUCCUCCAACUCUACCUCAUCAAAACUCCCUCCUCUCCACAAUCCCAGGGUACCAAAGAAGCUGAAGAGGCCUGUCAUCAAGCCUUUGCUCUCCAAGAUAAAGUUGAGAAACCAGUGCAGACGACCAGAGUCUAAGAGCGCCUCGAGGAAGCUCGAGGUGGGAAACCUGGUCCUCAAAGAGCCCAAAGUGGUUCUCUACAAAAGCCUGCCCAUUAAGAAGGACAAAGCAGCCGAGGGACCAGUGAGUGCCGCCACGGGCAGCGGGUGUCUCACCCGCCACGCAGCCCGAGAGCACCGGCAGGGGCCCAUGAAUGGGGCCCCUGAGCAGGACGGGGGGUCACCCUGCACCUACAUCACUCGGAGGUCAGUGAGGACGAGAACCAAUUGGAAGGAGACCUCUGAGCCAGCCCUUGAACCCAGCCUGUCGGGCAGCUCUCCCAGCAACUGGACGGGCACAGGCCCUGGCACGGACAUUGUGGAGCCGCCCUCCACUCAUGCAGUGCAUGACCAGGAAAAGGCUCCUGGGUCCUCGUCCCCAAAAGGGGAGGGCAGGUCUCCAAAGGAUGACGUCAGCACAGCCAAACGGAAAUCACGGCAAGGAAAACUUUGGAAACAGUUUGCAAAAGCAGAGGAGCCUGUUCCAGUCCUGGAUGCCCCUGAGAGCCAUGAAGUGGUGCCCGCCCUCAUCAGCUCCCACUCUGACCAUGGAGAGCUCAGGGCCAGGGUGGAUGGGCCAGGGGGCCACCAGGACUGCACGCCUCCUGUGACAGGUGGGUGCUCUGUGGGGACACCCGACCAUUUCAAAGCAAGAGACAACUUUAGAACUGCAAAAAGCAAAAAAAAACGGCGCAUCACAAGGUAUGAUGCGCAGCUGAUCCUAGAAAACAGCUCCGGGAUUCCCAAAUUGACUCUCCGGAGGCGCCAUGACAGCAGCAGCAAAGCCAACGACCAAGACAGUGACGGGAUGAAUUCUUCAAAAAUUAGCAUCAAAUUAAGUAAAGACCAUGACAAGGACAACAGUCUCUAUGUAGCCAAGCUUAAUAACGGAUUUAACUCAGGAUCAGGGGGCGGCAGCUCCACAAAAUUAAAGAUUCAGCUCAAGCGGGAAGAAGAGAGCCGUGGCCCCUACGCGGAGGAGCUCCGCGAGAACGGCCUGUGCUGUCAGGAGACCCUCUCCCUGCUGGAGUCACGGAUGGACGUGGACAACUACAGCCAGUAUGAGGAGGAGAGCGCCGAGGAGUCGUCUUCCUCGGAGGAAGAUGAGGACGAGGAUGAGGAUGACGACUACGAGGACGAGUUUGAAGAUGACUUCAUCCCGCUUCCUCCUGCCAAGCGGCUGAGGCUGAUCGUCGGCAAGGAUUCCAUCGACAUCGACAUUUCCUCCAGAAGGCGAGAAGACCAGUCCUUGAGGCUCAACGCUUGAGCCACGGGUCUUGGCCUAGCCAGAGUCGGAAUUCCGUCUCAAUUAUUCCCCCACUGAAAAGUCCGAGUGCAGCACUUGUCCUUUAUUCACUUAUCAGCGUGUACAGCAAGCGCCUGAUGGGCAGGCGCACCUUUUUAUUGUACUUUUUAAAUAGCCUUCUUACGUGCAAUUCUGAGGGGAUGCCCUGUUGUAAAAUAAAGGCUCGAAUAAAAUUGUACAGAGAGAUCCGCUUUCCCUCCAGGACAGUGGAAACAAUGAUGUGGCUACACAAUGAUUUUUAACCCUUGAGAGCAUCCGCCGGCUCUUUGAUAUCUGACUAAACCCUAAUUUAAAAAAUCACCGUAGCAGCAUAGUAACGUUUUUGAGUACAUGUUACUAUCACCAGCAAUGACCUGUGGCUCUUUGAUUUCCUUGGUAGGCGUUUUCCCCUGGAGUUUUGUCCGUUUGACACUGUGUGCUGUCCCAGAUGGACUGUCUGUGGCCUUGGUCCUAGUAGCAAACCGUUGGUUGGAAGUCAAAUCGAUUUCUUUUUUAGAAAAAAGUCCCAUUACAAAGGUGUUGACAGUUUGCUAACUUUUUGGUACAUUAUUUGUACGAGGGUAGCAGUGUGCAGAACGGAAGUUUGGAUAUGGUGUAUUUAUUGCUUGUUAUGUAAAUUAAACACCUUGUAUUUAACACUUUUCAAUACUUUUAGAUAAAAUUGUUCUUUGCAAGAAUGAUUGGUGCUUAUUUUUUCAAAAAUUUGCUGUGAAACAAUGUGGUGACACCAGGCAACAUUUACCCCAUGACCCACAGCUCGUCAUUCGGUUCUUCAUCGUUUUCUGUUGCACUUGUAAAAUGCUACAAGGAAUAUAAAGAAAUCUAUUCACUUUAACUUAUAACAGUUUAUGAAAUAAAAACGAGUCACAGCUUUUGUUCUGUGGUGCGCUAUAAAAA